AUGCCGCCCGCGGUGGCGCCGACGCACGGCGUCACGCGCGGGCAACCCAACACGUCGGACACGAACAAGCUGCGACGGCCGUCGCGCGCGGGCGCGGGCGCGCCCGUCGUCUCUCGGGGGAAACCCGCCGCGCCCUUCGACGCGUUCGCCACGGCGAAAUCGCGUCGCGCCGCCGCGCUCCCGAUCGGCGCCGCGUCGUUCCUAAACCCUAAGCCGUCGCACGUGGCGCGGAGCUCUCCGGACGGGAAGCUCGCGCGCGACGGGGGGCUCGGCGGCGACGACGACGACGUCGUCGCGAGGGCGUCGCUGCUGCCGCGCGCGGCGAUGAGCGUGGAGCCCGCGACGUCGAUCUCGGCGUCCGGCGACGAGAAUCAGUCCGCGACGCACGCGCUGCAGGUCUUCCUCAUCGAGCUCGGACUCAUCGCGAUGGGGAUCGUGGACACGCUGCAGGUUGGCCACGUCAGCGACACCGCGCUCGCGGCGGCGUCGCUGGGAGGCACGAUGACGUGGCUCGUCGUCGUCACGAUGAACGGCCUCGUGGGCGCGCUCGAUCCGUUGACGUCGCAGGCGCGUCCCGUCCGUUUCUAUCUCACACUGGCGCACGGCGCGAACGAUUUCGACGCGGUGAAAAAACAUCUCCGCUCGGGCGUCCGCGCGGGGUGCUUCCUCGCCGCGUGCGCGGCGUGCGCGCAGUUCAUGGCGCACCCGCUCUUCACGCUGUGCGGGCUGCCGCCGCUGCACGCGGCGGCGGCGGCGGGGUACUGCCAGAUCGAAGCGUGGGGGAUGCUUCCGGUUGUUUUAUUUCAGACGUUUCGGUUGUCGCUCUCGGGGACGAAUCUCUUCGCGCCGCUGGUGUACGCGAUCGUGCUCAGCAACGUCGCGAACGUCGCGAUGAACGACGUCCUCAUCUUCGGGAGUGAAGGCGUUUUGGGUUCGAUGUUGACGCCGUUCUUAGGCGGCGGCGUGAUCCCCGCGAUGGGACUCGAUGGCGCGGCGUGGGCGACGACGGCGUCGCGGUGGAUUCUUUUGGCGUCGCUGCUUCUCUUCGCGCGGAAGCCUCUGGCGAAACGCGACGCGUUUCGAGGGCCUCUGCACCGGAGAGGCGACGUGGCGUCCGCGGCGACGCUCAUGCGGCAGGGCUUGCCGAUCGGCGGGCAGAUGUUGCUCGAGUUUGGCGCGUUCGCGACGAUGCAGAUCUUCGCCGGUCGGUGCGGCACGACGGAAGCCGCGGGACACGCGAUCAUUCAGGCGCGUUCUAUUUUCACACCGUGCCUCACGGACAUCUCGUACGUCCUCCCGCUCGCGCUCGGCGCCCUCGGCGCGGUGCAAGUCGGUCAGAACGUGGGCGCGGGCGAUCAGGAUGGCACGAACAGCGCCGCGCGCGUCGCCAUCGUCCGCGGCGCGAUCGCGGUCGGCAUCAACGCGAUCAUCUUCGUCGCCCUCGGGCGGAACAUCUGUUGGUGGUUCACCGACGACGCCGCCGUGCACGCGGUGGCGGUGGCCAUCUUACCCGUCAUCGCCGUCUACCAGGCCGCGGACGGCCUGCGCGUCGUCGGCGGUGGGUGCCUGCGCGGCGUCGGGAUGCUGCGGGAGAUGAUCGCCGCGGAUUUCAUCGGGUUUUGGUGUCUCGGGAUACCGUGCGGGGCGUGGCUGUGUUUGGGGACGACGUGGAAGGUGUACGGGCUGUGGUGGGGGUUCGCGUUCGGCGUCGUCGUCGUCUUGUGGCCCAUCUUGCGGCUAGCGUGGAGAGUGGGGGAGGAUAAGCCCGUGGAGAGGUUCGACGGGGGGGCGGUGGGGCCGAGGGCGGCGUGACGUGACGGGGGGAUGGGGCCGUCGUUAUUAGCGUCAACGCGCGAGCGAGCUCGCGCGUUGACGACGAGUAAUAACUUACGAAGGUAAUAUUAGGUCAUUGUGUUCGAC